AUGAAGCACAUGGAAGCAACCAGUAUGCAGGAGCUGGGGGGUCAGUCCAGCAAGGCCGAUGAUGAGAACUUGGCGCGGAUGGGUAAACGCCCUGUUCUAAAACGCAACUUUGGUCUGCUGUCCAUGCUCGGGUUCAGCUGUACGAUUCUGAUCACUUGGGAAGGCAUUGUCGUGCUGUUCUUACAAGCAUACUCAAACGGUGGCCCGGCCGGAGCCGUGUAUGGCUUCAUCUUCGUUUGGUUGGGUGUGGCAUCGACGUUUGUCGUCUUGUCGGAACUGGCUUCUAUGGCUCCCACCUCGGGCGGGCAGUACCACUGGUGCUCCAUGCUGGCCCCGCCGUCUGGGAUGAAGCUAGUUAGUUAUUUGACCGGCUGGCUUACUGUGAUCGGAUGGCAAGCAACAUACGCCACAUCCUGCUAUCUGUGCGGGAGUCUGAUCCAAGGGUUGAUCAUUCUCACGCAGAAGGACUAUGUCCCACACAACUGGCACGCAACCUUGCUGUUCUGGGCAGUGGCUUUAUUCGCUGUCGGCAUCAACUGCGUGGGCGGGCGGUUGUUGCCGCGGUUUGAGGGCUUUAUUCUGAUCCUUCAUGUUCUGGGGUUCUUCGCCAUCUUGAUUCCAUUGACGUACAUGGCUGAUCAUGGCACUGCGAAAGAAGUCUUCACACAGUUUUUGAAUCUCGGUGGAUUCCCUACGCAAGGGCUGUCGUUCUUCGUGGGCUUGGUGGGUUGCGUAUUCGCCUUCGCUGGUGGCGACGCUGCAGUUCAUAUGUCCGAGGAGAUCACCAAUGCGGCCGUCGCGGUUCCAACAUCGAUGAUGCUUAGUGUGUUGAUCAAUGGCAGUUUAGGAUUCGGGAUGUUGAUCGCCAUGCUUUUCUGCUUGGGGAAUAUCCAGCAAUCAAUCAACUCUCCGACAGGGUACCCGUUCAUGGCAAUCUUCCUCCAGGCCACUGGCUCGGUCGCAGGGACCGCCGUUAUGGCCUCGAUCGUCACGACGAUGGGUAUCACAACCUCGGUGGGUAUGUUGGCGUCCUCUUCUCGUCAGAUGUGGGCCUUCGCGCGCGACCGUGGGAUUCCGGGAUGGCGAAUUUGGAGCCAGGUUCACGGCGGUACCGCAGUCCCAGUGUACUCCGUUCUGUUGACCACUGUCAUUGUCUGUCUCUUGGCAUUAAUCAACAUCGGAUCGGCCGUCGCCUUCAACGACUUGGUCGCCAUGUCCAUUUCGGGUCUGUACAUGUCAUACAUGGUAGUUGCUGGCCUGCUGCUCUACCGCCGCUGCACCGGUGGAAUUAGCAAGACGGCAAAUGGCGAGUCUGCCGUCGUCAACACCGCUGGUGCCACGCUAGUCUGGGGUCCAUUCCAUGUCCCCGGCAUCUGGGGCAUCCUGAUCAACGCCUUUGCCCUCAUAUAUAUGACCAUUGCGGUGUUUUUCAGCUUCUGGCCGCCUUCCUGGCAGGUCACAGUGAACACCAUGAACUUUAGUGUGGUGGGAACGUUUGGGGUGAUUCUUCUCAGCCUCAUUUACUACGUGAUUCGGGCCAGACAUAUCUAUAAUGGUCCAGUGAUGGAAGUCUUCUAG